UGGAGGGCCUGCAACGGCUAAUGCUAACGCCGGAGACCAGGAGCUGUUUCAAUGGAUUUCAAUGGAAGAGAAGCUUCGCUACCCUGAAUAAACAGCUUUUCAAUCUGGCAACCCGCAGCCUCCAGUUCCCUUUCGGUGUGAGCAGAGGUAACUUGGUACAAUGAAGGGACGAUGACUGCCUGCAUCAGAGUAAUAUGGAUGAAAUUGACGCCUUUGACAGCCCCUAUUCAUGAUGGUUCUGUACUUAUGAUGUCUGUCUUUUCCAAAAUACUUUGAUCUCACACAUUUCUUCCCACCUGUACGAGAUUAAGUGUUGUAUCUGUAUCAGUUUUCUAGCUCCGUGCUAUGGUUUCAGCCACAUCAACUGUCUUUAAUCGACCUGACCGAUAUAACAUAUAAUAUGGCCAUUACUCAGUUUCGCCUUUUCAAAAUAUGCACCUGCUUGGCAUCUAUCCUUUCAUUCUUCAAGAGACUGAUUUGCAGGACUGGGAGGACACGCAAGCUGAGCGGGGAUCAGAUCACCCUUCCUACUACAGUAGAUUACUCAUCUGGACCAAAACAGCCUGAGAUUGAGGAGUGGAGCUCAUGGGAUGAAGAAGGCCCUACAAGUAUCAAAAUUGAAGGAGGUAACGGGACGGUUCCUCCUCCUCAGAUGGAAGGCGAAGAUGAAGAGCCAGACUAUUUUAAAGACAUGGCACCCACCAUCAGAAAAACACAAAAAAUUCUGUUGAAGAAAAGGGAACCUCUGAAUUUUUCCAUGCCAGACAGUUCCUCUGGUUUCUCCAGCAGAUUAGCGGCCACUCAGGAUAUGUCCUUCAUACAACCAUCUGCGGAGCUGGGAGAUCUUGACACCUGGCAGGAAGACGCAAAUGCUUGGGAGGGUGAGGAAGAUGCAGCCUGGGAGGCAGAGGAAGUGCUGAGGCAGCAAAAGCUGGUGGAAAGAGAGAGACGUUCUAUGGAGCAGCAGCGGAAGAAAAUGGAGAAAGACGCACAAAGAAUGAUGAAGAAAGAGCAAAAGAUCGCUGUCAAACUAUCAUAACAUUUAUACAACACCAGACACUCUAAACAACAGCCAAACAACUCACCAUAUUGAGUUUGACCUUGUUUUGUCCUGGCCACCACACCGCUGUCUUCUCUGGGAUAUUUCUGGAGUCCUUCAGUUGUCUUGAAGAAUUCAGUUUAUUUCUUGGGCUUUUUGUAUAUUGGACAGAGCACAGCACAGAGAACCUCUCAUUUCGUUUCUCAGUUAAUUGUGGAUAUUCUUUCAGUGCACGUAUUGAAAGAAAAACUGGAUGGGUUUUUGUGUCAGUAUUUAUGAAACUUGGAUUUUUUUUUUGGCAGAAUCAUUUUAAAUUCGUUAUUCAGAAUAUUUUGCCUUUUUGUUUUCCCAGGUUUUUUAUUUUCUUCAUCAUUGUAGUCUUGUAACUGACUGUGCUUAAAACACUGGACAGCUUUAUCCAACCCUGAGUUUCUGCUCUUGACACGCUAUUUAGCAGUAGCUUGUCAGCUUGUUGGUUUUCCUCCAAUAAUUGUGGUCUUAAUCACAAGUAAUUGUAAGAGACCUUAUAUUGAUUUUUUUUAACGGGGAACAUUUAUUUUAAACCUGAACUUUGAUCUAGGUAUAUGGGAAACAAAAAGGUUGGUUUGGAAAUGGUGAGCUGGGAUAUGUACUGAGGUUUUUAUAAGAAGUUGGUUGGUUGUCAUGGAAACUCUAGAAUAUUAAAAUAUUCACAUUGGUAACCAAGGCAUCUAUUAUCUUUGGUAGGACUCGGUGUGUUGCUAAAGGUGUUGAAAAGUUCACCACAUUGGUCACAGGCCUAACCAUUUAGAUUUGAUUUGUGACAGGGAUCAUUUUGUUCUGUUAAACAAAACUGCAUUAUUUAUAUAAAACAUUUGAAUUGUUAUAAAUGCUCUUUGUAUGCUAUUAUAAUGCAUAUGAAUGCUAUUUAGAUUCCCUGCCAAGGGAACAGUUCUGUGUCUUUAAUAAGAAAUGGGAAAUUGUUGAGAUCACGUCUAUUGAUAUAGUGAGAGACCUAUCCUUUUAAAAUGAAGAUGGUGCUGAUAUUAACUUUUGCAUGCUAUGAUUAAGAAGAGAUAUGAAAUGACAAGAGAGGCAAGAGCAGAUCAUUAUGAAACGCAGAAUAAAAUCACAUUUUUUGUUAUUA